UGAAGAUCGUUCAAAAAAAAAAAAAAUCUUCUGAAGAAAAAUACUAUAGGAGUAUAAAAUCUUCUAGGGUUCCAUAAUUUCCAUCUUUCUCGUCUCUCUCUGCGCGCCUCCUCAGCAGCAGCUUGUAGCUCCAUCCUCGCCUUCGAUUAGAUCGAUCUGUCAAAAUGUACACUUCAAGGAAGAAGAUCCACAAAGAUAAGGAUGCUGAACCCACUGAAUUCGAGGAGACAGUUGCACAGGCACUAUUUGAUUUGGAAAAUACGAACCUGGAGCUUAAAAGUGAUUUGAAAGACCUUUACAUUAACUCUGCAGUUCAAAUUGAUGUGUCUGGAAAUCGCAAAGCUGUUGUUAUUCAUGUUCCCUAUAGAUUGAGGAAAGCAUUUCGCAAGAUUCAUCUUAGGCUAGUCAGAGAACUUGAGAAGAAGUUCAGUGGGAAGGUAAGCUUCAUAUGUAUAAAAUUGUGUUUCCAACUGUAAAUCUUAUUUGUUAUGACCAAACGAUUGCCAAUUUUGUUUUUGCUUAUGGUUGAUAUACCAAUGGAGGUUUAGAAGACCCAUCAUUCCCAAGCAUAAUAGUAUAUCAUAUCCAAAAACUUAUUUAUGAAGAGAAUACCUGAUUUCUUCCUGUACUUGGAAA